CACGAGUGUUUUUUCUUCACAAGCCAGGUACAAUCGUUGCGCGUAGAUUCGAAAUCGAGUGAUUAUGGCUUCGGUUGGCCGCAUUUUCCGUUCUUCUGUGCACACCAAAUUCUUCCCCAUAAUUUCGGCCUUGAACCGAACCAUGUGUCGAACAUCCGCGGUUGGCGUUUAUAACUUUGCCAGUGCCCACAAAAAGCAAAUCCGCCAUCUCCUGAAACCCCUUGACACAGCCAUUCUACCGGGUAACUUCUCGGUUCCCGAAACCCGCGCUUACAGUACUGCCGUGAAGCUGAAGAAAGAGGAGAUAGAACAGAGAGUCUUGAAUGUUUGCAAAGCUUUCGACAAAAUUAGUGCAGAAAAGGUGCGGAGCUACAGUGAAAAGCCGCCUAUGGACUUGAACAUGAUCAAGGAUCGUGUUUUGCUUGUUUUGAAGCUGUACGACAAGGUUGACUCCGAGAAGGUUUCAUUGGAUUCUCAUUUCAUGAACGACCUGGGCCUUGAUUCUCUUGAUCACGUUGAAGUUAUCAUGGCGAUUGAGGACGAAUUCGGUUUCGAAAUCCCCGACAUGGACGCUGAGAAGUUGUUGAAACCUUCGGACAUCGUGCGAUACGUUGCCGAUCACGAGGACAUUUACGAAUAAAGUCCAUGUGCAAUAGUCAACUCUGUCCUUAUCUCUUCUAACCGGGCGGGAAAAAAUACGGCAUCCGGUUCUACGGUAGAAAUUUGUUCGCGUCGUGGCUGAUCAAUAAAAAUCAGAUUUGUUGUUGAAAAUAA